UGGAAUGUGGGAGGAAAUCUGAGUACCCGGAAAAAACCCACACAGGCACUGGAGAAACUAUGACUCAAGUCUAUCGUGGUUCUUUGCAUUUUUGCGCAGCCCUGCGGGACAGUAUUUCUGGACUGAUCAUUGUAGCUUCAGCUCUCUACAGACCAGAACAAUUGUCGUUACUGCUCAAAAGUAAUGUUUCUUAGACACUCUGGUUCAGUGGUGGUUGAGCAAUAUUUAUUCCAGUAUAGUGCUGCCUCUAUUUCCACCUUUGUACAUGCCACGCCCUCCCCAGAAUUGUGACAUGAACACACCUGACUUAUUGUUGUGUUUGUGUAGCACCAGCAGACCAGCUGGGAUUAAUUAGUGACCCAACAUUGAAACCAAUACACGACGAAACUAAAACGCUGUGCUUCUCGCAAGCUUUUUGCAGGGGACUAAACACCCCCACUGGCUCAAAUUCACUCAUAUUUUUUUCAGAACCACAGUGGCAUCGAUCACUCCCAGAUGAGAGGUUUAACUUCUAUGGGAUUCCUCCGGAUACUCUGACCUUCAAAACAUAUUAUUCCACCUGCUACCAAAACUUGACAUGAGUGAAGCAAAGUCAAAAUGCCGGCCUCUAGAAGUCAAUGCAGAUACAUUGAAGUGUUUGUGAUGUCUGCUGCCAGUUGCAAAUUUCUAUUCCUGCAAGCACAAAGCGUAAUGCGGAUGCAAUCCUUCCUCCAGCUUCGAUGAAGGGGACCCGAAUUGACUCUAAAGGUCUGUUGUGGAUAUAAAACACUAAUAGGCAGGCAAGUGCUUUUAGACAUACAUGGCAUUGAAUCCAAUUCCCACGGUAAAGCCUCUCAAGUGACCUGGGAAACCUCCAGGUUAACAUCCAAAGUCACCUCCGCUAGAAUCCCUCCACUUGGCGCUCCCAACAGCGGUAGCUGUCAGUGAAGGUGACAUGACUUGAAAGGCUUCUUAAGUGGAUUCUUUUUCCUCUGUGGUGGUGGCGGCCUUAUUCAUCAGGCUGGGAGUGGCGGUAAGAUGCCCGAAUUGGACGAUAUUCCCCCCCUGAGGGGACCUAGAGGCCCUGAAAUGGGCCUCCAUAGUCCCGCUGACCCAAUUCAGAUUCAGCACGGCAUCCUGGAGGAACAAGUGGAGCUGUGGUGGUUCCGAGAACCCGGAAAGUCUCUGCUGUGCUAUUCCAUCGCUGUGUUGCUCAUCGUGGGCUGCGGACUCGGAGGUGUCAGCCUCCUCUCCACCACCACCAGCAUUUCAAGCGAAUGGCGGCUGGGUGCGGGCACAGCCCUUUGCCUGCUCGCUUUGGGGGUUUUGCUCAAACAGCUGCUCAGCUCAGCCGUGCAGGACAUGAAUUGCAUUCGAAGCCGACAGCAGAUUGACAUGCUAAAAAGUGGAGGAUUAUCGGAUUUCCUGGUGGUUUUGAUCGCUGGAGUGUCCCUGCUCAUUUGUGGAGGGGUUCUACUGCAUCUGGCCCUUUUGAACCACAUGCCCAAACCUGGCCAAGCAUUGAAUGACAUGUACAUAUCUGGUGUGGUGUUGCUGACCGGAGGAGGGGCUGCAGUUUUGGGCGUUGGAUUUUACUCUCUUGUGGUCAUCCUGCUUAAGAGAAACCGGCACGGACAAAGGGUUGUGGACAGGAUUUUGAACAUCUUCACCAUCUCUGGACACAUGGACCACCGGGCUCGUCGAGAAACUACCUCGAGUCUGGCUAAUCUCAUAUGAAAUUAAACAGCAUGCCUGCCGCCAUCUUUUGGGUUCCAGCUCCGAAUUUCUGUACAUUAAACUGACUUCCAAUCUUUUCUGUGGACAAAAAUGACGCAAAGAUGACACGUCUUUUCCAAAUGGUCAUUUUGCUCCAUUUUUUUUUUUUUCAGGAGCGUAGUCAAACUUUUAUGUGGG